CUUGGUAAUCAUCCACCGUCUUCUUUGACGUUCUAUGAAUCCUUGCUUUAUAACGACCACGUCAACAGUAUUUUUGUUUGCUUAAUUGCUAUCUGCGCCAAGGGCAAUGGCGGAUGGUCUUCCUCUACUUAGCGGUCCUCCGCCUUCACCAAGACGACCAGAGAGCUCAUGCAGGAAGUGCAAUAAAGAGUUCAAUAUCAUCUUUACUCGCUCUCGACAGUGUAAUCAUUGUGGAUACUCGUAUUGCCACAGUUGUACCGACUACCAGGCACUUAUGCCCCGUACUGGUUCCAAUGGCUACGAGGCACUAAAUGUGUGCGCUUAUUGCAUCGAGUUUCUACAAAUGACUGCGGCAUCCAAGGGAACUCUCAGAAAUCAUUCACUGGCAAAGCUAAGAAAGUAUGCCAAUGCGUAUGACAUAAGAUUGGAUCAUGCAGUUGAGAAGGACGACGUUAUAGAGACUCUCAUCACAGCAAGAUGUCCAAACGGUUGCCUAAGUGCUACUCACGAGCGUUAUUAUCGACAAUAUUCAGUUCCGGAUAGAUAUGGCCGACCCCGGGGGCUUUUCUCACGAACAGGUUCAGGUUCAGGACCUACCCAGCCGCUACCCCUUCCUCGACGGCCGACAAAUCGACAGCCAACUUACGAAUUUCCUCGGCCUGACCUCGUACCUGAUGACCCAUCACCGCUAAAUCGUCCUCGAGCUCCCACGACCCCGCCACGUCAGACUCCCACAACACCGCCGCGUCAAGCUUCUGUUACUCCGCCUCGUCCUAAUCCUUCAAGUCCACCUCGUCAGAGUCCUCCACAAGUCCCGCGUCAGACUCCCCUGCGGCCGCAAUAUCAGCAACCUAGGGCGUCUCGAUCAUCAGAGAACCUUAAUGCACCCCGAACAUCUCCCCGAGCUCGCACGGCAUCUACCUCACCUCCUCCCACUCUGAAUCAACUCGUUGAAAUGACUCCAGCGAGCAUAUCAGCGUUAUCGAUAGGCUCCCUCAAAGCGAUACUUUUCAGCAAUCACGUCAAUGUCGGAAUGAUCCUUGAGAAGAGUGAUCUUGUCUCAAAAGUGACGGCACUCGUUGAGGAUGAGAAACGAGACCGAGAAAGGCAGCGGUUGGCAGAGGAGCAGGAGGAGCAAGAAAGGAUUCAGAGGCAGAGGGAAAUGAUGGAAGAGUUUGAGAGGACGAGGCAAGCUGAAACCGAGCAGAAGUCAGAGGUCGACGGUAUACCCGCUUCUCCUUCACCACACGUUACGCCCCCAAAGGCACCGUUGACUUUCGUCGAACGGAGUGGCUUGUGCGUUGUAUGCCAAGAUGAGGAAGCGAAUAUUGCUAUCGUUGAUUGCGGGCACCUUGCGAUGUGUAGAGAAUGUUCCGAGUUGAUUAUGGCUGGUACUCGUGAAUGUCCGUUAUGUCGGACUAGGAUCGUUACAGAGGCUCGCCUGCUUCGAAUAUUCAAAACCUAAUUUUUAGGUGCUAUGACCGAAGAAUCUGUGUUAUGUGUAUUUAUUAACACCCUCACCGUCGGUGUUCGUAGCACCUAUAUCAACUGUAUAUUACAUUGACUGUUGUCGGCAAUAUUGAAUUUAUAAAUAAACUA